UGGUUGUGGACUGCGGCCCAAGUCGACUCGGACAGCAUCAUCAGUCUGUUGGACAUGGAUCCCAGCCUGCUGACCAGGAGAGACUUUGUGACGGGCUUCACCGCUCUCCACUGGCUCGCCAAGCACGGCCUCCACGAGAGUUUCAUCCAGGUCAUUUCCCACGCCCAGAAGAAAGGUUACCCUGUCAACGUGAACAUCCCCACAGCCAGCGGCGGGCUGGCUGCCUUGCAGGGACAUGACGUGCUCGUCAAAGUGCUGGUGGGAGCUUACGGGGCAGACACCACCUGCAGGGACCACAAUGGGCGCAAGGCUUGGCAGUACCUGAGGGCAGAUGCCUCCAGGGACCUGAAGGAGCUGGCAGGAGCCUUGGAGGAGGACUUGGUGCAGCUGCACUGUCACAACACCAACAACAACU